AUGGCGAAUCUCCCUCCGUCCCUGAAUUUGAAGGCUGCCCCUUUUGAGGUUAGCGGCAGCUCUGCGGCCGCUGCCGUCAAUAAAGACCGGAGAAUGCAGUCGGCCGAACAGCUGGUUCUCGAUCUCUGCAACCCCGAUCUCCGGGAAAACGCGCUCCUCGAACUAUCAAAGAAGAGAGAGCUGUUUCAAGACUUGGCUCCACUGCUGUGGAAUUCCUUUGGCACAAUUGCUGCACUUCUGCAGGAAAUAGUCUCAAUUUACCCAGUGUUAUCCCCUCCAAACCUAACUCCUGCGCAAUCAAACAGAGUUUGCAAUGCUCUCGCUCUUCUUCAGUGUGUGGCUUCACAUCCUGACACGAGAAUGUUGUUCCUCAAUGCCCACAUACCUCUUUACCUAUAUCCCUUUCUUAAUACAACAAGCAAAUCAAGGCCCUUCGAGUAUUUGAGGCUUACGAGUUUAGGCGUCAUAGGUGCUUUGGUCAAGGUUGAUGAUACCGAAGUUAUCAGUUUCCUUCUUUCUACUGAGAUCAUUCCGUUAUGUUUGCGCACAAUGGAGAUGGGAAGUGAAUUGUCAAAGACAGUGGCAACAUUCAUUGUGCAGAAAAUUUUGCUUGACGAUGUGGGCUUAGAAUAUAUAUGCACCACAGCCGAGCGGUUCUUUGCUGUAGGUAGAGUGCUGGGGAACAUGGUUGCUGCACUUGCUGAGCAGCCUUCUUCCCGUCUUUUGAAGCACAUAAUCAGAUGCUAUCUACGAUUAUCUGAUAAUCCAAGAGCAUGUGAUGCCCUGAGAAGCUGUCUACCUGACAUGCUUAGAGAUGCAACAUUUAGUAGCUGCCUCCGUGAAGACCCAACUACGAGAAGGUGGUUACAACAGUUGCUUCACAAUGUACAAGGGCCUAGGGUUGCUGCCAUGCAAGCUGGGGCCGGAUUUGAUCAUAUGAUGCUUGUUUUCUUGCCGUCCCUCUCUGGCCGCUGGCUCUGGCCUUCCUCGCCGCUGGCUCCGGCCUUUCUAGGAAUUGUAAACUCUACGUUGUACAUUUUCAGAUUUGAUGGCCAAAUCUCCCAUAACUUCUUAACUUCGGUCACCGUCACAAAUCUGAACUUGUCCGAUAAUCAUUUGACUUGGCCAAUUCCUAUCGAUGACUCUCAUACGAGUGGGCUAUUGCUUCUUCCUACUAUUCCACCUAUGGAGUCUCUAGACCUUUCGAAUAAUGCUUUAACUGGCGAACUAUCAUCGAAUAUUGGUAACUGGGGGAGGCUUAAGUUGCUUAAUCUUUCAAGUAAUAAUUUGUCUCGACAGUGUGGCGGUCUUCGGCUUCUAGCCGUCCCUUCCCCAUCACCGGAUUCGACCUUCCUCGUCGUUGACGCGCUUGGAGGAGGAUUUGAGGGUUAUCGGGCCAUGCUGCAACUUGUGGGCCGAAGGGGAUUCCAGCUCUGCGUUGGAAUCCGACUCGAUUUUGACGUUGUUAGCUAG